AUGGCUUCUCACAGAUUUCAUGGUACACUGUGCGUAGAGGGAAACGAGCCACUCACAACUAGAACUGAUUAUGUUAACAAAUAUCCAUCUACUUUGCAAACAACCUCGUACAACUUUGCAGGCACUAAAACCACAGGAGAAGUGUGUAUGGGUGUAGUCAAGGCUCCAGUAUUGUUUAACAAGAAUUCUCUGCAGCACUUCGCAGAUCUGGAACUUCUUUCACAGAAAAAACACUCUAAGUCCGCAUUUAUUAACCCAGUUACAGGAAAAAAGAAAGAAAUCGAGUGCGUAAGAGUCGAUGGUGGGUAUGACGAGGGUCCUUCACACCUUGAGGUACAAUACUGGUGGACUGUGCGUCAUCUAAAGUGUAGUAGCCAUGCUGAGCUAGUGACUUUGAGGAAUAGUAGUGCUAGUUUACGAAAUCGUGUUGAAUUACAAAAUGGUUGUCUGGCCCUUUGUCAUGCCAAUCUCUUCAUUCCAUCUACGCUGCAUGGGUCUUGUACUCUUGAAUCUGGCAAAGUAAACGAAGAAGUUUUGAAAAAUAAUCUGGGAUCCGCAAUUGAUGUAUACAUAUCACACGUUGACGUACCCCAUGUGCCUCUACAGAAAUCCAUCUAG